CCAACCCUAUACUUUUUUCCUUUAUAAAAAUACUCUCUCUGCCUAAUUCCUCCACUCAAACCAAGCUCCGAAGUUUCGCUCUGCCCAUUAAGUUUUUUUUUCCUUUUGUCAUCUAUUACUUGGAUCAUCUUGAGUUGAGUUUUAGUGUUGCAAUCUUUUUUCCAAAUUAGUGUUUAAAGGCUGGCAAUGACAAAGGUUUAUCCCAAUGCUAGUAGUUUUUCCGGCAGCGGUACCAUCUCCGAGAGGCCGCCUAAGGUGUUAGCAGCACCAGAAUCCGAGGCAAUUCUAACCGUAUGGAAAAAAUCCUUGCUCUUCAACUGCAAUGGCUUCACAGUGUUUGGUAGUAAAGGUGAUUUGGUGUUCAGGGUAGAUAAUUACAUGGACGGUAACAAGGGUGAGAUCCUUCUCAUGGAUGCCACUGGCAACCCUCUCCUUACCAUCCGCCGCAAGAAAAUGAGCCUGGGAGAUAGCUGGUUGGUUUACAAAGGCGAAAGUACCUCAACGAAUCCCCUACUUUGUGUGAGGAAAUCGAUGAACAUCUUAAACAACAAGUGCUUGGCUUACGUUAUCCCCGGCGACAACACUAGCAACCGAAGCAAUAACGUCGUAUACGAGAUCGAAGGGUCGUAUUCGCAAAGAUCGUGUUCCGUAUACGAUGACAGGAGGAGAUUAGCCGCAGAGAUCAAGAAAAAAGAGGCUGUUAAUGGAGGAGUUGCCUACGGAAACGACAUCUUUCGCCUUGUUGUUCAGCCUGGUCAUAUCAGGACGGAUUUUGCCAUGGCUCUCGUCAUCCUUCUUGAUCAAAUGUUCGGAUCUUCAAGACGAUAACCAUCUUUAAUUUCUUGCUUUUUCUUUACCAAAACAUUGUCUAUCUGUUUGUCUAUCUAUAUGUCUAUAUGAAAAUCAUAGCAACAAUUUCCAAA